AUGUCCAUAAUUCCCCUCGGGGUUAUCCUGGCAGAUACCCCGGGGAGAGGUUUGCGCCCAGUCCUUCCGAGGAUCUUUAGUCUUGAUCUUGGAGGUAUAUCAGCAAUUGUAUUAAAUGGAUAUGAUACAAUAAAAGAGUGCCUUGUUCAACAAAGUGAGAUUUUUGCAGACAGACCAUCUCUUCCUUUGUUUAAGAAGCUGACAAAAAUGGGAGGUCUGUUGAACUCAAGAUAUGGAAGAGGUUGGACUGAGCAUCGCAAACUAGCUGUAACUAGCUUUCGUAUUUUUGGAUAUGGUCAAAAGUCCUUUGAAAGCAAAAUAUCAGAAGAAUCUGUGAUUUUCCUUGAAGCCAUUGAUACUUAUAAAGGAAAGCCAUUUGAUUUGAAAUACUUGAUAACAAAUGCAGUUUCAAAUAUUACUAACUUGAUCAUUUUUGGAGAGCGGUUUACAUAUGAAGACACUGAAUUUCAGCAUAUGAUUGAAAUAUUUAGUGAAAAUAUUGAACUGGCUGCCAGUGCUUCUGCAUUUUUGUAUAAUGCUUUUCCAUGGAUUAGUAUUCUGCCCUUUGGAAAACAUAAACAACUCUUCAGAAAUGCAGAUGAAGUCUAUAGCUUUCUGCUACACCUUAUUCAGCGUUUUUCACAAAACAGAAAACCUCAGUUACCUCGACAUUUUAUAGAUGCAUAUUUAGAUGAAAUGGAUAGAAGUAAAACUGACCCAGAGUCUACAUUUUCAAUGGAAAAUUUAAUUUUCUCUGUUGGAGAGCUCAUGAUCGCUGGAACAGAAACAACAACAAAUGUUCUAAGAUGGGCAGUUUUGUUCAUGGCUCUUUAUCCUAAUAUUCAAGGGCAAGUUCAUAAAGAGAUUGAUUUAAUUGUUGGGCCAAACAAAACACCCUGCCUGGAAGACAAAUGUAAAAUGCCAUACACAGAGGCAGUACUGCAUGAAAUUUUAAGAUUCUGUAAUGUAGCUCCGCUAGGUAUUUUCCAUGCAACUUCUAAGGAUACAGUUGUGCGUGGUUACUCUAUUCCUCAAGGCACUACAGUCAUUACAAAUCUCUAUUCUGUGCAUUUUGAUGAAAAAUACUGGAGUAACCCUGAAAUGUUUUGUCCUGAGAGGUUUUUGGAGAGCUCUGGACAGUUUGUCAAAAAGGAAGCAUUUAUUCCAUUUUCUCUAGGACGAAGACACUGUUUAGGAGAACAGCUGGCCAGAAUGGAAAUGUUUUUAUUUUUUACCUCCCUGCUUCAGCGAUUUCAUCUGCAUUUUCCUAGUGGCUCGAUGCCAAACCUCCAGCCCAAGUUAGGCAUGACAUUACAACCUUAUCCAUAUUUUAUAUGUGCAGAGAGGCGAUACUAAAUACCUAUGCUGCGGCAACAGUUCAAAGUGUGAAACUCUAGCAGAUAGAGUCUGGUGAAAGGAACAAAUGCUGCCUUGAUCAAACCUACUAAAUUCAGUCCAAGGUAAACAAACACUGUUCCAUCCCCUCUGAAUACACUAUAAAACAUAGAAUUUAUAGGAUACACAAGAUGAAUAAUGAGCUUAAUUUUUGAGGUCAGGGAAUGAAGAGUCUCUUCCUAGGUCCUCUGUUCUAUUCAAAUGUAGGGAUUGGGGUGGCAGGUAUGGUUUAGCAAGAACUGAAUCACAUGUCCCUUGAAAAACUCCCAACAGAGUUAUGAGCACCACUAUAUAACUACUUUAGUCCAUAUCUUAUUUCUGUUGUGGCCACCCAUUCAAAACACAUCUGACUUGAAAGUUAUAUAAGUGGCUACUCCUUAACUGGCCAGUUCGAACAUGAAUACACUGUUGGUUUGAAGAGUACACACUGGCAAACAGUACUUUAGAUAGAAUAUGUCUAUGGGCCUAUCCACACUGGGAAAUUUAGUGAAGUCCAGUUCAUGCUUAAAAGGUUCUUAUCUCAACUGCAAUCUAUUUUAAUUCUCACUUGAGCAAUCAUUCUGUCAAGACUGGAGAUCUUGCUAUGGUUCCUCUUCUCUGGUGCUAUAGAUCUAUACAAAGCAAGGUUCACCUGGUUUGCUUGUGAGUAAGGAGGAAACAGCAGUAACAAUAACAGGCAAGUACAGCUGCAGUGAGAGGAAAUAACAUUGGGGUGAGGGUUGGGGAGACAGAAGGGAGGUAACUCCCCAUUUUCCAGCCUUUUUCCUUAGUCAGGGAUCUACUAGGGUUGUGCUGCCUUAGGCAGAGCCCAAGGAGUCAACAUAGCCCCCUUCCCUGCCUUUUCUUUUAGACCUCAUUCAGGAGGCUUUGUUUGUUAAAAGAUUAAAAGGCAUACUGAAAUCAGCCUGGCAUGUGUUUAGAAUUUCACUUCAUUGGUUAGGGAAAUAUUAAAAUAAAAGACAAUGAAAACAAAGGAGAGUGUUUCUCCACCCUCCUUUUCAAUGCCACAACCCACCUAAUACAUUACAGGAUUGUCUCCUCAGUUAACACCACCCCCAGUGUCAUUUUGGUGAAAGUACCUGUUCGGGAAGGCUAAACAAAGAGCUAUUUUGCAUCUUAAUGAAUCAUGCCAAAAAGGUUGCAUGCUCUAGCCCUGUGCCCAUUUGGUGUGGGACAACUCUUAAAGGAAAAGGAUGGAUUGUUCUAAGUAGAAACAUAAGUGGAUGAGGGCUUUUUUUCUAUUUCAUGCCAAACAGUGCCAUCAGAGUUCCAUUAACUAUAUGCCAGUGUGAACAUGCUCAAAGUGACAGUGUCUGAGUGCUUCUGCAGGUACAACUCACUGAUAUAUGAAGUAAGCUUGGUUAAAGACAUGAACUGAAAAGCUGAUAAGGUGCUUGGAUAGUUGUGCAUAUUACAUACAUAGAUAUACGUAUCUAAAUAACUUGCCUUGUUUUAAAUUAACACUCCUAUUUCAAAUGCAGAUGAAAUUUAUUGCUGCAUUUUGGGUGGCAGAGGAGAGUUGUCACAUUUUAAAUUGUCUACAAGCAGGAAUAAUACUGUAGGCACGAACAUAAAGCAAUUAUCACAGCACUUUAGAUCUUGCUACCCUGUUUCCCUGAAAAUAAGCCCUAAUAUGAUUUUUCAGGAUGCUUGUAAUAUAAGCCCU